CCCCCUGGAAAAAAACAGCUGGGGAAGUUAGCUGGUCACCAGUUACACAGGUAAACAAUGUGCAUAAGAUUUUGUAACUUAAACCUGUUUGUUAUUGAGAAACAUGAAAUGCAACGAUGAAUAACUGACACAAAGUGUCGCUGUUAGAUCAUGGAGCUGUUAGAUCAGCUCAGAGACGAGCUUCUGUGAGAAAACACGUCAGAAAUAACACAGUCCCGUAUAAACAGGGUGUUAAAUCCGCUGGAAACUAACACCGGUGUAAUAUUUUCAGACGUUAUGUAUGAUAUCACGCGCUUUUGUUUACUCUUUCGAUCGCCACUUUAAAUCCCGAUUUCCGAAAGUUGCCGGAAAUCCCCGAUGUAAGCCGAAACGUCAGUCCUGUAGGACUGGCUGGAGGCGGCCACAUCGCCAUGUUGAUCGAAGUCAUCCUGCUCAGUAGAGAGUUACUCGUGAAAUAGCACUUCUAAAGAUCGGCUAUUCUUAAUUUAAGAAAGGGCACGUCGUCAAGAUCGCCCUGGCAAGCAGAGACGAGCUGGAUCCUCGGACACCCCGAGCGGGGAGGGGGAACAACCCCCCUACCUUCAGCAAUGAAGACAAACCCCAAUAAGCGCUAGCUAGCUAACGUUAGCUUGCUACUUGCUACUAGCUAGCUUAGCUUUCUGAACUAGCUUUUCCGCCACCGGCAACUCGGUCGUUGAGGCCCACUGCUGGCUCAACUCGCCAGCUAGCUACGUUUUAUACGCGUUAUUUUUUCAGCUGCCGGUCUACGGAGCUAGAUAUUUCUGUAAAUAGUCGCCUUUGAUUACUAUUAUUAUUUUUUUUUUUAUUUUGCAAUGAGUUUGCCGCAGAAAGCGGUUCCGAAGUCAGCCGCUCCAGCCGCUGCCGGACCCGGGCCGACUAACUCCUCUCAGCUGCGGACUCCGCUAGCCUCAGUGCCGCUGCCGGGACCGCCGCUCGCCCAGCAGCCUCCUCCAACACAAGUUUUCCUUAAUGCGUUGCACCCCAGGAUCCCCAGAGUGCAGCCGCCGCUGGACGAGCGAAUCUUCUCCACACCGCCUGGCGUUGCUGCCGUCUACAGUGUUCAGAGACCCCCUGGCCCUCCUUACACAGCCCAUGAAAUCAGCAAGGGACACCCAAACCUUGCAGCUACGCCUCCGGGCCACGCCUCCUCACCCGGCCUUUCUCAGGUAUCAGUUUCCACAGUAUCCACUGCGCAUCUGUAUGGCCACCCUAAAGCCUGGGAGGCAGGAGGAGGGUCGCCGUACACACCAGGUCAGAAUGCUGGUACAGCCUCGCUGGUCUACUCAACACAGACACAACAAAUGAACGUCCCGCCUCAAAGCCGCCCGUUUGCCCCAGGGCCUCGUCCCACCCAUCACCAGUUUUUCCAGAGAACUCAGAUGCAGCCUCCACGGCCCAGCAUUCCAAGCAACAGCCCUUCAAUUCGACCUGCUUCUCAGGCUCCGAAUGCCACUGUAUACUCGCCAAGCCCACCCAUCAUGAUGUCCAUGACGCCCAUGCCCUUCGCUUCCCCCCAGGCUGCGCAAUACUACAUACCCCAGUAUCGCCACACUGCUCCUCCGUACGUGGGGCCUCCUCAGCAGUACUCGGUUCAACCCACAGGACCUAGUACUUUCUAUCCUGGACAUAACCCUGGAGAGUUUCCACAAGCCUAUGCUACAGGGACUCCAUACUAUGCUAGUCAGACCAUGUACACCCCGUCUCCAUCCAUAAUAGUGCCUACACCGCAGCAACCUCCACCUACCAAAAGGGAGAAGAAAACAAUCCGUAUACGAGACCCUAACCAGGGCGGCAAGGACAUCACAGAGGAGAUCAUGUCAGGAGUGGGUGGGAGUCGGAAUCCCACUCCUCCGGUGGGACGGCCCUCCUCCACCCCAACUCCUCCACAGCAGCCGAACCAGGUUGUGGAACAUGGGCAUGUCAUCUAUAAUGUGGACAGUGCCCAGGUCCUCCCUGCUCCUGUCGACUUGAAACCAGAUGACAAGCCAAAGCUUGAGAGUGCUGUACUUAAACCUUCAUCACCAGGACUGUGUGCCGUGGAGCCUGCUGUCCAAAGGCGACAGCCCAGCAGUCCUGCCCCUGACCCACAUCCCACAGAGAAAUCAGAGCUUCCUUCUUCGGACCCAGAAGUUGCCCAGAGUGUAGUUCCAGCCUCAGUUCCAUCUCUUAGCCCCCCAAAACCCAUUUCAGCAGAGGAUGCAGCAGAAAAGCCCACCCCUCUAGCAGAGCCCAGUCCUACACAAGCUGUCACACCAGAGCCAGAUAAACCAGAGCCUGAGCAAGUGCCACCAGAGGUGUCUGCUUCUGCAUCACAAGCUCCAAAAGCCGUUAACGGGUUGGCUGAAACGGACGUCGUUCCUCCUCGUGACGAGCCCGAUUUUCUUCUGCAGUCCCAGUCAUCCACAGAGCCUAGUACUAUCCUGGAGACCUACAGUUUGGAUGUGAAGGCUGCAAGUCCACCAGCUUCAGAAAUUGUUUCUUCUGGCACCUUGGCCCCUUCCCUGCCUACUGCCAUUGCUGCUGCUGCUGCUGUUGCUGUUGCUGUUGUUGAAGCUGCCACUAGUGCUGUUCCCACACCUCCUCCAGGUCUUACUCACCCAGGCCAAGCUGCUCUAGAGGCAGGUCCAGCCCAGACAGCCUUGACUGGGCCAGAGUUAAGAGAUGCUGAAAAAGAGCCAGAGGUUGCCCAGGAAGAGAAAGAGGAGCCCACAUUACAAUCCAACCUUAGACAAAGUUCAAGUCAAGUUGUAUCUAGUUUACCAAAGACCUGGAAAAAGCCAAAAGAGGACACCCUUAUGGAGCAGGUUCAGUGUCCUGACAGAGAGGAUACACUGGAGCCAAUCAUCGAGGCCAAUACUGUGGAAACUUCCAGUUCAUCGUCUGUGGCUGUGGAGCAUCAAGCUUCAGCUGAACUGACAGUAGAGGAGAACGGAGAGCAGGAAGCAGAGCCGCUAAAGAAUGGACCCGCACACAGUUCUGAGGCUGAAGGCAGCGAUGGAUUUCUCACACCUGCACUGGAAGAGCCCAACAGCAACACAAUUCAGAAGCCGGAGCUGAAGAAUGGGAAGAGGCUAUACAAUAGAGACUUUUUACUGGGCUUCCAGUUCAUGCCUGCCUGUGUGCAGAAGCCAGAGGGGCUUCCACCCAUAUCUGAUGUGGUACUGGACAAGAUAAACCAAAAUAAGUUGCCCCUGCGGCCGGACCCACGGGGUCUCAUCUCCAGAGGCCCAGACUUCACCCCAGCCUUUGCAGACUUUAGUAGGCUGAUACCUUCAGGGAGAGGAGCACCGCUGCUGAAUCCAAAUCUUAGACGGCCUCCACCACGUAAGAUCAUCAUGAAUGUGUCUGUAAACGAUGAGGUACAGCUGAAGAAGGCUGAAAACGCCUGGAAGCCUGGCUUGAAGAGAGAGAGCGCCGCAGAGGACACCGAGACCCAGAAUACUCAGGAGCUUUUCCGGAAGGUGCGCAGUAUCCUUAACAAACUGACACCACAGAUGUUUAGUCAGUUGAUGAAGCAGGUGACAGACCUCACCAUCGACACGGAGGAGCGCCUUAAAGGCGUCAUUGACCUGGUUUUUGAGAAAGCCAUCGAUGAGCCCAGCUUCUCUGUGGCCUAUGGCAAUAUGUGUAGCUGUCUGGCUACUUUAAAAGUGCCCAUGGCAGACAAGCCCAACAGCACUGUGAAUUUCCGAAAGUUGCUGCUAAACCGCUGUCAGAAAGAGUUUGAGAAGGACAAAGUGAAUGACGAUGUCUUUGAAAAGAAACAGCGGGAACUGGAAGCAGCUGCCUCAACCAGUGAACGUGAGAGGCUACAGGAAGAGCUGGAGGAAGCCAAGGACAAAGCUCGCAGAAGAUCCAUUGGUAACAUCAAGUUCAUCGGGGAGCUAUUUAAGCUGCGAAUGUUGACCGAGGCCAUCAUGCACGACUGUGUGGUGAAACUGCUAAAGAAUCACGAUGAGGAAAGCCUUGAGUGCCUCUGUAGGCUCCUUACAACCAUUGGCAAAGAUCUGGACUUCGAGAAGGCCAAGCCACGAAUGGAUCAGUACUUUAACCAGAUGGAAAAAAUAGUGAAGGAGAGGAAGACUUCAUCACGGAUUCGCUUCAUGCUCCAGGACGUAAUUGACCUGCGUCUGCAUAAUUGGGUAUCACGAAGAGCUGAUCUGGGGCCCAAGACUAUUGAGCAGAUCCACAAGGAGGCCAAAAUCGAGGAGCAGGAAGAGCAGAGAAAGGUUCACCAACAGCUGCUAUCCAAGGACAAGAGGAGACCAGAUCAGAGAGUCAUUUCAAGAGAAGAGACCUGGAACACUGUGCCUGUGCCUAAGAACAGUAGAACAAUAGACCCCAAUAAGAUUCCCAAAAUCACCAAGUCAACAAUAGAUGAUAAGAUUCAGUUGGGCCCGUUGGGACGAUCACAGCUCAGCUGGGUGAAGGGCAGCAGUGGAGGAGCUGGAGCCAAGGCCAGUGAAUCAGAUAUCUUGCGUCCCAGCAGCCUGAACCGUUACUCACCACUUCAGUCCUCAGUUCCAUCCUCUGCCUCCACUCCAUCUGCCUCCCCUGACAUUGACUCUAGAGGAAGCCUGAGCAGUCGUGGAAGCUUAGGUCGGGAGCGCAAUGAUAAACCAUCGACUCUGGGUCCCUCACGGUCUGGCCCUCCAUCUGUGGGUGGGCCAGGGAAGGAGGCUGCUGAGGAGCAGACGCAGGAAGACGUUCACAAGGACACGCACGUAUCCGACACCCCUAAACUGCAGUCCGGUAUAGCUAGCGGAGGCAAACUGGAACGCAGCCAAUCCAGGGAAUCUGUAAAACUUGAAGCAAUGCCAGGCCCUACUACAGACAAGCCUGCGUUAUCAGAGGAGGAGAUGGAGAAACGAUCCAAGUCCAUUAUCGAUGAGUUUUUGCACAUUAAUGAUUACAAGGAGGCCAUGCAGUGCGUAGAGGAACUGGAACAGGCCACAAUGCUAUACGUUUUUGUGCGGGUGGGUGUGGAGUCCACGCUGGAGAGGAGCCAGAUCACACGUGACCAUAUAGGCCAGCUGUUCCAUCAGCUGCUGCAGGCUGGAAUCCUCUCCAAAUCUCAGUUCUUUAAAGGGUUUUCAGAAAUCCUUGAAAUAGCAGAUGAUAUGGCCAUUGACAUUCCUCAUAUAUGGCUGUACUUAGCGGAGCUAGUUAAUCAUUUGCUCCGGGAAAGAGGAAUCUCUGUGAGAGAAUUAUUUAGUGAAUUUAGCAAACCAUUACUCCCUGUGGGAAGAGCUGGCAUAUUAUUUUCUGAAAUAUUGCACCUUCUAUGCAAACAAAUGAGCCAUAGGAAAGUGGGGGCCUUAUGGAGGGACUCUGGACUGAGCUGGGCUGAUUUCCUUCCUGAAUCAGAGGAUGUGCACAGCUUCAUUACUGAGCAGAACCUAGAGUUCACUCUUUCUGAUUGCUCAAGUCCACCCAACAAGGUCUCUACGACAAAACUCUCACCCGAAGAGCUGAACAAGCAACUUGAAAAACUUCUCCUGGAGGAUGUGGUUAGCGAUGAACAAAUCUUCGACUGGGUAGAGGCAAAUCUAGACGAGUCGGAAAUGAGCUCAGCACCCUUCCUCAGAGCUCUGAUGACUGCUGUGUGUAAAGCAGCGGUCAAAUGGGAAAACACUUCCUGUAGAGUGGACACGGCCAUUAUCCAAAAGCGUAUGCCUGUAUUACACAAGUACCUUAACUCAGACACGGAGAGACAGUUGCAAGCACUUUAUGCACUUCAAGCUUUGAUCGUGAAUCUGGACCAGCCUCCGAACUUGCUCCGUAUGUUCUUUGACUGUUUGUAUGAUGAGGACGUAAUAUCGGAGGACGCGUUCUACAAGUGGGAGGCCAGCAAAGACCCAGCUGAGCAACAGGGCAAAGGGGUAGCGCUCAAAUCUGUGACGGCCUUCUUCACAUGGCUCCGAGAGGCAGAGGAGGAGUCAGAAGACAAUUGACAAAAGGGGAAAAAAGGACACAUUUGUGGGCGUGUGCUAAUACAGACAAUAGUUGCUGAAACAAUAACUGCAUCUUCUAAAAUGAAAUCCAAGCAAACUUUAUGUAUCAAUGGGAAGAACGGAGCGCACCAGUGCACAUGGUACGGUUCACUGUCGUAAAGCAACGUGAUGACUUACAAUUGCUGGAGCACUAAAAAAAAUACGUGUUAUUUAUAGUAAUAUUUCAUUUACAUUUUUAAUUUCCUCUUUUGUUACUUUUUAAGGAAAAAAGACUUUAAUAAUACAUUUACGUGCUAUAAUGAAACAGACGCUCAGUACACACUCUAAUUUAUGAUUUCCCUUCCCCCUUUUCUUUUGUUUUCUAUUUUAAAGACCGGCAAACAGUUGUAUUUACAGUUGCAGAUGGUCACAAUGAGGCAUUGGUGGAUAUAGAAAUAAAGUUAAUGAUAUUAUUAAUAUAAUAACUGUAAACAUUGUUUGGAAAUCCUCCCUGACUUAGGAUUGUUCAGUUAAUCAAGUUGAACAGGGAAACGACAGUCAGGGUUUUUAGAGGUUUGGCAUUACGUUCCAUCAGAUUUUUGAGGUUAGUAUCGACAUAACCGUACAAGUUUUCCUUCUGCUUUAGCUCUACAAAGAACCGUUGAAUCCAGCAGAACUAUGCAUUCAGAAGACUGCUGCGAUUCCGAUCAAAACAAGACCUUUGAAUGGAAUUAAAGAGCAAAUGGCAACUUGUACAAAGACACUUAAGAGAUGUUGCUAAACCUAAAGUGCUUGUAAUUCUUCAUACUGAUAGAGCAAAUUUAAAACCUGUAAAUAAAUUCAAAACCAAAAAAAAAAUCAUGUUAAAAAAAUCAAA